AUCCCCUCCUCUCGCUUUUUAAGUGAUGCCCCUCUGCUCUUGACAUUCACACAACUGCUUCUUUCUUCUUCAGCUCUCCCUGGUUUUUUUUUUCUUUUGGUUACCCAUCUUUGUUUUGCUCUUGUUCCUCACCCGGGUAGCUCAGAUUUAACUUUUUUUAUUCAUUCUUUGCCGGGUUUUGCUUCGUUUUCAGUAUUAGAUUUAUUUAUGCGAAUCUUAUAUUUGUUUUUGCAUCUGGUUAUCUGCGAACUUACAAUUUUCUCAUCGAUAGCGAUUCGUAUCUAGAAUUCGCUCAUUGGAAACGCGUGAAGACUUUGUUUUGGUGCUUUGGGCACCUCAAAAUUCAAUCAUUCUUCCAGCUUCCUUUUGGAUUUUGGUCUCCAAGAAGCUAUUUGACACCAUAACUUGCAUUAUUUUUUGCCCUUCUUAGGGAUCUACACUCCUACUGUUGGUGGGAUUUGUGGUCUGUCGAUGGGUGCCUUGGAUGAGGGGCAUUUCAAUGCGGAGCUUGAGAAUGGAGUGAAAUUCGAUUGCCUUGAGCUGGGAUUUGAGGAAAAACCAGAGACUUUAGCUAUUGAGAAUGCUGUGACAGUUCUAUUGCAAGGUCUCGGCGAGGAUAUUAAUAGAGAAGGUCUCAAAAAGACCCCACUUCGUGUUGCCAAGGCCCUUCUCCAUGGAACCAGAGGUUAUAAUCAGAAAGCAAAGGACAUUGUUCACAGUGCAUUAUUCCCUGAAGCUGGUUUGGAUAAUGCAGUAGGUCAUGCCGGAGGAGCUGGUGGGAUUGUGAUUGUUCGAGAUCUUGACCUUUUCUCAUAUUGUGAGUCUUGCUUGCUUCCCUUUCAGGUUAAAUGUCAUGUAGGUUAUGUCCCAUCUGGUCAGAGGGUUGUAGGAUUAAGCAAGCUAUCUAGAGUUGCUGAUGUCUUUGCAAGACGGCUCCAGGAUCCACAGCGUAUGGCAGAUGAAAUUUGCUCCUCACUGCACCACGGGAUCAAGCCGGCAGGUGUUGCCAUCAUACUCCAAUGUUUACACAUCCAUUUCCCAAAUUUAGAGUCACUCUUGCUUGACUCCAAUCACCAAGGAUGGGUAAAGGCACUGGUCCAAUCAGGUUAUGGUGUUUUCGAAAAUAAAAAUGCUGAUAUUUGGUGUGAUUUUUUGAGUCUUCUGAAGUUCAGAGGUAUAAAUGUGGAUAAAACUCAGAUGGACUCUAUGGAGCAAUGUUGGUGUCCAUUACAAUCUUCUUUGAGUGCUAAAAUUGGACCACCCAACCCAGGAAUGGUUACUGCAGUGGUGUCAAUCCUCAGAUCUUUAGGAGAAGACCCAUUGAGGAAAGAGCUUGUUGGAACUCCUAGCUGCUUUGUGAAGUGGUUGAUGAACUUCCAGAAUACAAAACUGGAGAUGAAGUUGAAUGGCUUUGGCUGUGGCAAGACAGAUACCCUUAAAGCCAAUGGGGACAUCAGCCAUAACAAAGAACAUAUACAUUCUGAGUUGAACUUGUCAUUCUGGUCUCAGUGCGAGCAUCAUUUGCUACCCUUUUAUGGUGUUGUGCAUAUUGGUUACUUCCGUGCUGAGGGAUUCAACCCCAUUGGAAAAUCUUUUCUACAGUCAAUAGUCCAUUUUUAUGGUUUCAAGCUCCAAGUGCAGGAAAGGCUUACCAGGCAGAUUGCAGAGACCGUUGCAUCAUUUUUAGUUGGAGAUGUGAUGGUAGUUGUGGAGGCUAACCAUACUUGUAUGAUUUCUAGAGGUAUUGAGAAGUUCGGAAGUAAUACAGCUACAAUUGCAGUACUCGGUCGAUUUUCAACAGAUCCUGUUGCAAGGACCAAGUUUUUGCAGAGCAUUCCAAGUACUACUGCUUCUGGGGGGUUAUGACAUUUCUAAUUGUUUUCAGAAAUAGUUACACUCAUUUUCAAUUUUCUUGGUUGGUUAUUAGUUUGCUGUGGUGCCAGUACAACAGAAUCAUUUUGACAGAUCGUUUGUUGAUCACUGGAACAAGUUUUAUCUUCUCAUUCCACGGGUUCGCCAUUCCUUUCUCAGCAGAGAUUUUCCCGCCUGACAGAAAUUUAGAAAGUUCAAAAGCAUUUAUACCCUUUCAUCACAUGAUAGAAAAAAUAAAUAAAUAAGAAACACCACUGUUUACUUUUCUGAUUUCCUUGUUCUCAUUUAUGUAUUAGAGGUCUACAACAGGUAAGAAAAAUGUCUUGACAUUUGAAUAUCUCAGUGAUAGAGUUGUCUACAAUCUUAUCGAAAGAGCAAGUGAAAUGAAAUUUUAGAAUUGAUUUGUGGGA